AUGGGGUUCUCCUUUAUGAAGUCGAAGGCGACCGUGCUCGACCAGGAUGAACGCUCUGAUAAUGCCAGUAUCAUCGACAAUGGCAGUUUGCAUUAUACUGCUGAGGGCGGACUUAACUCGAACGAUAUCACCUAUCAAGAGGCUAGCGGGGCCCCGAUCGAAGUGGAUUCGCCGUUGGGGUAUUCGGUGGGCUAUGUGACUGUCAUCUUUCUGAAUCUGAGUAAAAUGAUCGGGACUGGUGUUUUUACGACGCCAUCCUCCGUUCUCAGCGGCGCUGGCUCUGUGGGUCUGGCUCUCUUUUACUGGGUGAUCGGAUACCUGGUCGCCUACAGCAUGCUGGCCGUCUAUCUCGAGUUCGUGUCCUAUUUCCCUAGUCGAUCCGGGUCGGAGGUCGUGUAUCUGGAACAGUCAUAUCCGCGACCGAAGUAUUUCUUUCCGACGGUGUUUGCGAUGCAGACGGUGCUUUUCUCGUUCAGUAGUAGUAAUGCCGUUGUGCUGGCGCAGUAUUUGUUUAAAUUGGCUGAGUCGGAGCCUACGGAUUGGCAACUGAAAGGCGUCGCCGUGGCGUCUUAUAGUGUCGCGUUUCUAGUUCUCGCGUUUAAUACGAAAUGGUCUCUUCAUCUGGCUAACGCAAUCGGCGUUGUCAAGCUUAUUACUUUGGUUUUCAUCGGCAUCAGCGGUCUCGUCGUCCUCGGGGGCAAUGUCUCCUCCAUCCCCGAUCCUAAAGUCAACUUCCGGAACGCGUUCGAAGGCACCUCGGAUGCGUCGGUCUACGGUGCCACAAAUGCCCUGGUUAAGGUGAUGUUUUCGUACAUGGGAUACGAGAACGCGUUCAACGUAGUCAACGAGGUCAAAGACCCGGUCAGAACCCUUCGAUGGAGCGCUCCCCUCUCGCUGACCCUCACGGCCACUCUAUACGUCCUCGCCAACAUCGCUUAUUUCAGCGUCGCGUCGAAGCAAGAGAUCCUGGACUCGGAAAUCGGCGUCGCCAGCCUGUUCUUCGAGAAAGUCUUCGGCUCCGGUGGUGCUUCUCGCGCCCUGAACUUCCUUAUCUGUCUCAGCGCGUUCGGGAAUUUGCUGGCCGUGUUGAUCGGUCAAUCUCGUAUGCUUCGCGAAUGUGGCAGACAAGGCGUCCUCCCCUUCACCCGCUUCUGGACCUCCACGCGCCCCUUCGGUACUCCCUUGGGCCCAUAUACCCUGAAAUGGGGCCUCACGGUGAUCAUGAUUCUAGCUCCUCCAGCCGGCGAUGCGUUUAACUUCGUCGUCGAUCUAAGCAUGUACCCCUCAAACCUAUUCAACUUCCUCCUAGCCAUCGGCCUGAUCUUCACCCGAUACUACCGCAAACGCCUCAACUUCCCCAACUCCGGCUACAGCGCCUGGCACCUCGUUGUCGGCUUCGCCAUCAUCUCGAACCUCUAUCUGCUCGUCGCGCCAUGGUAUCCACCCGACGGGGGCGCUACCGGCGGAGAUGUUAGUUUCUGGUACGGCACGUACCUGGUCGUGGGGUUGGCUAUCAUCGCAGCCUGCGGCGCCUACUAUUGGAUCUAUAUUAAGGUGUUGCCGCGGUUCGGGGGAUACGAGUUCCGACAAACGAUACUGAAGUUGGAUGGCGGUGCAGUGGCGCAUAAGUUGGUGAAGAUACCCCGGGAGCAGGUGGCGAGUUGGGAUGCUGAGCAUGAUCCUGCGGGGAGAAUCAGGAGGAGAAGAGAGAUGAAGUACCUCUACGCCUUGUUGACGGCGCUGCUUCUUUUCUCAGAACCAGUGCUGUCCUUGUCGCCUGCGGAAUGGCGCUCCCAGUCGAUUUACUUCCUCUUGACGGAUCGAUUUGGUCGGACGGACAAGUCCACCUCCGCUUCGUGUGACGUGAAUAAGCGCGAAUAUUGUGGCGGGACCUGGCAGGGAAUUAUCAAUCAGCUGGACUAUAUCCAAGGGAUGGGAUUCACGGCUAUAUGGAUCACCCCUGUGACGGAUCAAUUCUAUGACAACACUGGCGACGGAACGUCGUAUCAUGGGUAUUGGCAGCAGAAUAUAUACGAAGUCAAUUCUAAGCUAGGCACCUCCGAUGACCUGAAGAGUCUGGCCGAUGCGCUGCACAAACGGGGAAUGUAUCUGAUGGUGGACGUGGUUCCUAACCACAUGGGUUACAAAGGCAUCGGAUCUUCGGUCGACUACGGCGUCUUCAAACCCUUCAGCUCCUCCAGCUACUUCCACUCCUACUGCUUGAUCUCAAACUACAAUGAUCAAUCCAACGUAGAAAACUGCUGGUUAGGAGAUACCACUGUCUCCCUUCCUGAUCUUGAUACAUCGCAGUCGAAUGUGCGGACGAUCUGGUAUGACUGGAUCAAGGAUCUUGUUUCGAAAUACUCCAUCGAUGGCCUGAGAGUCGACACCGUCAAACAUGUGGAAAAGUCUUUCUGGCCGGGAUUCAAUAGCGCUGCUGGUGUCUAUUGUGUCGGAGAGAUCUUUCAGGGUGACCCGGCGUAUACCUGUCCUUACCAGAACUACAUGGAUGGCGUGUUGAAUUAUCCAAUCUACUAUCCCCUGCUUCGCGCAUUCCAAUCCUCUAGUGGCAGCAUCGGCGAUCUGUACAACAUGAUCAACUCAGUAGCCUCCAGCUGCUCAGACCCUACUUUGCUUGGAAACUUUAUCGAAAACCACGAUAAUCCUCGAUUUGCACACUACACGAGUGACUACUCCCAAGCCAAGAACGUCAUCUCCUUCCUCUUCCUCUCCGACGGCAUCCCCAUCAUCUACGCCGGUCAGGAACAGCACUACGGCGGCGGCGAAGACCCCGCGAACCGUGAAGCCACUUGGCUAUCUGGCUACUCGACCUCCUCGGAGCUGUAUACCUUCAUAUCGCGCACGAACGCAAUCCGUCGAUUAGCUGUGGCGAAGGAUUCAGGAUACAUCACAGCUCGAAACACCCCCUUCUAUCAAGACUCCAACACACUCGCCAUGCGCAAAGGCUCCUCCAGCACAUCUGUCAUCACUGUCCUCAGCAACCGCGGCUCCUCGGGCUCCUCCUACACUCUAACCCUCAGCAACACGGGCUACUUAUCCGGCGCGAGCUUGACGGAACUGUACACCUGCACGACCAUCACCGCCGGCUCCGGCGGCUCCCUCGCAGUCCCCAUGGCAUCGGGACAGCCUCGUGCUCUCGUCCCUUCCUCCUGGCUCAGCGGCAGCGGACUCUGUGGCUCCACCGGUCCAUCUACAACUUUAACCACUACUACCACCGCAAAGCCCACCACCACCUGCGCUGUGGCCGCAACAUCCCUUUCCGUGCUCUUCAAAGAACUCGUCACCACGUCCUACGGCGAAAAUAUCUACCUGACCGGAUCGAUCAGUCAGCUUGGAAACUGGACUCCGGAUAACGGCGUCAAGCUAUCAGCCGAUGGAUACACAGCGUCGAAUCCGCUGUGGCAGGGGACGGUUUCGUUGCCCGUGGGAUCCAAGUUCGAGUUUAAGUUCGUGAAGAAGACCGCGGCUGGGAGCUGGGUUUGGGAAAGUGGUCCGAAUCGUAAGUUUACUGUUCCUGGCGGUUGUCAGGGGGGGAGUGUUACCGUGGAUGCGACUUGGAGGUGA